AUGUCGCUAGAGAAGAUCACCACCAUCUCUCCCAUUACAAACAAGCCACUUCUGACUCGGAAUGGCCUCUCAGACGCUGAUAUUCAAUCUCUUCCCGAGACAGCCGUCCGCGCUUUCGAGUCCUUCAGACGCACAUCACUUGGGGAAAGACAGAAGAUCAUCAAGGACGCCUUGAAGUUACUCACUGAUCGCCAAGAUGUACUAGGCAAAGAACUCACCGAGCAAAUGGGUCGCCCUAUUACAUACACGCCCAAGGAAGUCACUACAGCAGUCAUGCGCGGCGAGUACUUGCUGAAAAUCAGCGACGAGACUCUCAAAGAUACUCCGGGUGAGGCGGAGAAAGGCUUCAAGCGCUACAUCAAGAAGGUUCCAUUGGGGCCUGUAUUGAUCCUGUUUCCAUGGAAUUAUCCCUAUCUGACUCUCAUCAAUUCGCUUGUACCAGCACUGCUUGCAGGCAACUCAGUGAUACUGAAGCCAUCCCCACAGACGCCUACCAGUGCGGAGCAGAUUCAACAAGUUUUCAAAGAAGCUGGACUGCCUGACGGAGUGCUUCAAAUCUUUCACAGCGGUUCUAUCUCUCAAAUUGAGUCGAUAGCUCGGUCACCGCAGAUCCAGCUUGUUUGCUUCACCGGCUCUGUGCCCAAUGGGCUUGCCGUUCAAAGCGCUGCAAACGACCGAGUCUCUCUCCGUGUUGGUCUCGAGCUUGGUGGUAAAGACCCUGCGUAUGUACGGUCAGACGUUGACGUGAAGUGGGCUGCAGAGGAACUUGUAGACGGCGCUAUCUUCAAUUCAGGCCAGAGUUGCUGCAGUGUAGAGAGGGUUUACGUUGACGAGAAGAUUCACGAUGAGUUUGUAUCUGCGGUCCAAGAUGUCCUCAAAGGCUACAAGCUUGGUGACCCAUUCGACAAGAGCACGCACGUCGGUCCUGUGGUUUCCAAGAGGUCGGCAGAAGCUAUACAAGCACAGAUAAAGGAUGCUCUCGAGAAGGGUGCGAAGGAUGCUACUCCAGAUAACGAUACUUUCAAGAACACGCCCGCAGAUGGAAACUACGUCGCGCCUACUCUGUUGACUAACGUCACGCAUGAAAUGGCUGUCAUGACCGAAGAAACCUUCGGUCCUGUUAUUCCAGUCAUGAAGGUCAAGGACGACGCAGAGGCUAUCAAGCUCAUGAACGACAGUCAAUUCGGACUGACAGCCAGCAUCUGGACCAAGGACGUCAGCAAAGGUCACGAACUGAUCGAUGAUGUCGAAGCUGGUACUGUCUUCGUCAACCGCUGCGACUACCCUGCACCAGAUCUGGCAUGGGUUGGUUGGAAAGAUUCCGGCAAAGGACAGACGUUGAGCAAGUUCGGUUUCGAUCAGUUCGUCAAGCUCAAGAGUUACCAUGUCAAGGACUACCCGAAAUAG